CGCCCUCAACCAGAGAGAGAGAGAGAGAGAGAGAUCCACCGCCGCCUCCGCCUUCAACACCCCGAAACCCUCUCCCUCCUCCGCCGCGCCGCCGCCGCCGCCGCUCCUCCUCCGCCGCGCCGCCUCCUCCGCCAUGGCGCUCUCGAAGGAGGUGGUGAAGAAGGUGGCGAUCUCCUACGCCUACGUGGCCAUCUGGAUCUCCCUCUCCUUCGCGGUCAUCGUGUACAACAAGUACAUCCUGGACCCGAAGCUCUACGGCUGGCCCUUCCCCAUCUCCCUCACCAUGACCCACAUGGCCUUCUGCUCCUCCCUCGCCUACCUCCUCGUCCGCGUCCUCCAGGUCGUCGACCCCGUCACCAACAUGACCCGCGAGUUCUACCUCAAGAACGUCGUCCCCAUCGGCGCCCUCUACGCCCUCUCCCUCUGGUUCUCCAACUCCGCCUACAUCUACCUCUCCGUCUCCUUCAUCCAGAUGCUCAAGGCCCUCAUGCCCGUCGCCGUCUACUCCAUCGGCAUCUCCCUCAAGAAGGAGACCUUCCGGUCCAACACCAUGGCGAACAUGAUAUCCAUCACCCUCGGCGUCGCCAUCGCCGCCUACGGCGAGGCCAAGUUCGACGCCUUCGGGGUCUUCCUGCAGCUCGGCGCGGUGGCCUUCGAGGCCACGCGCCUCGUCCUGAUCCAGAUACUCCUCACCUCCGCCGGGAUCAAGCUCAACCCGAUCACCUCGCUCUACUACGUCGCCCCCUGCUGCUUCGUGUUCCUGGCCCUGCCGUGGGCCGUGAUGGAGAUGCCGAGGCUGAUCCAGACGUCGAGCUUCCACUUCGAUCUCCUCAUCUUCGGUACCAACUCGCUCUGCGCGUUCGCGCUGAACCUGGCGGUGUUCCUGCUCGUCGGGAAGACGUCGGCGCUGACGAUGAACGUGGCCGGGGUGGUCAAGGACUGGCUCCUCAUCGCCUUCUCCUGGUCGGUGAUCAAGGACAUGGUGACCCCGGUGAACCUGUUCGGGUACGGCAUCGCCUUCCUUGGGGUCGCCUACUACAACCACGCCAAGCUCCAGGCGAUGAAGGCCGCGGAGGAGGCCAAGACGUCGAAGGCCGCCGGCGAGGGCGGUGGCGACGAGGAGGCCGGGAAGCUGCUGGAGGAGAAGCAGUUGAAGAACGGAGACGACUAUGAGAAGAAGAGCGAAGAGAAAAAUUGAUGUCGAAAUUGAUGAUGCUGUGAGAGAGAUAUUUAUGGUCGAGAGGAAUUUGAGGACUAUGUACCAAUGUAUUGAUCCCAUGAUGUGUCUACACCACUAGCAUCUUCUUCUUCUUUUUGUCUUUUUCUUUAACCACCGACCGAGUCACGCGUCUGACCAAGUAUUGGAUCGAA